CAGAGAAAAAAGAUGCAUUUCGGAGGUUUCCGCUCCUGAUCAGGCACAUUCCUCCGCAUUUCGCAUAGCCAGCGCUUAUCUCCGGGCUUCCGUUCUCCUUUUUCGGGGCUCCCAUCCUCCCCCCGCCCCGGCCGGCUUCGUCGCCCACCUGGAUCGCGCCCGCCUCGCUCAGUCCGAGCCGAGCCGAGCCGCCACCGCGGAGAAAAGGGACCGGGCUGCGCUGUGCGGGUUGGCGCUCCACGCGAUGCGUCUGUUUCUGCUGGCGGUGCUCCUCUCGUGCUCCUGCGCGCGGGCCGGCUGCGAGCCCAAGAUCGUGAACAUCGGGGCCGUCCUGAGCCAGAAGAGGUACGAGCAGGUGUUCAAGGAUGCCGUGAACCAGGCCAACCAGGUGUACGGCCGGGACAAGUUCAAGCUGAACGCCAUUUCCGUCACGCACAAGGCCAACGCGAUCCAGAUGGCUCUGUCGGUGUGCGAGGACCUGAUCCACAGCCAGGUUUACGCCAUCCUGGUGAGUCACCCUCCUCAGUCCAGCGACCAUCUCACCCCGACGCCCGUCUCCUACACGGCCGGCUUCUACCGCAUCCCGGUGGUGGGGCUCACCACGCGCAUGUCCAUCUACUCCGACAAAAGCAUCCACCUGUCCUUCCUGCGGACGGUCCCGCCGUACUCCCACCAAGCUCACGUUUGGUUCGACCUGAUGCGCGAGUUCAACUGGAACCACAUCAUCCUGAUCGUCAGCGACGACCACGAGGGCCGGGCGGCUCAGAAGAGGCUGGAGACGCUGCUGGAGGAGCGAGAGACGAAGAAUAAAAAAAGGAACUAUGAAAACCUCGACCAACUGUCCUAUGACAACAAGCGAGGACCUAAGGCAGAGAAAGUCCUACAGUUCAGUCAGGAGACAAACUUAACCGCGCUGCUGCUGGAGGCUAAAGAGCUGGAGGCCCGAGUCGUCAUCCUGUCCGCCAGCGAGGACGAUGCUGCCGCCGUGUACAAGGCGGCCCGCUUCCUCAACAUGACCGGCUCGGGCUACGUGUGGCUGGUGGGGGAGCGGGAGAUGUCCGGUAAAGCUCUGAGCGAGGCGCCUGAUGGACUGAUCGCCCUCCAGCUCAUCAAUGGGAAGAACGAAUCGGCCCACAUCACCGACGCCGUGGCGGUGGUGGCCCAGUCCAUCCAGGAGCUGUUUGAGAAGGAGAACAUCACAGAACCACCGAAAGGCUGCGUGGGCAACACCAACAUCUGGAAGACGGGGCCUCUUUUUAAGCGAGUGCUGAUGUCGUCCAAAUAUCCGGAGGGUCUGACUGGACGCGUCGAGUUCAACGACGACGGAGACAGGAAAUACGCCCACUACACCAUCCUCAACUACCAGAAGUCUCGCCUGGUUCAAGUCGGCAUUUACAACGGCACACAGGUGGUGAUGAACAAUCAGCGCAAGAUCAUCUGGCCUGGAGGCGAGACGGAGAAACCGCAGGGCUUCCAGAUGUCUACCCGAUUAAAGAUUGUGACGAUUCACCAGGAGCCGUUUGUGUAUGUGAAACCGACGAUGCAAGACGGGACCUGCAACGAGGAAAAGGCAUUAAAUGGAGUGAUUAUAAAGAAGGUUAUCUGUACCGGGCCCAACGAGACCAUCCCAGGGCGUCCCAUCGUGCCGCAGUGCUGCUACGGCUUCUGUGUCGACCUGCUGAUCAAACUGGCCAUGACCAUGAACUUCACCUACGAGGUCCACCUGGUGGCUGACGGGAAGUUUGGAACCCAAGAGCGGGUGAACAACAGCAACAAGAAGGAGUGGAACGGCAUGAUGGGAGAGCUGCUGGGUGGGCUGGCUGACAUGAUUGUGGCCCCGCUGACCAUAAACAACGAGCGUGCCCAGUACAUAGAGUUCUCUAAACCCUUUAAAUAUCAAGGCCUCACUAUCCUAGUCAAAAAGGAAAUUCCUCGAAGUACGCUGGACUCAUUUAUGCAGCCGUUCCAGAGUACGCUGUGGCUGCUGGUGGGUCUUUCGGUGCAUGUGGUGGCGGUGAUGCUUUACCUUCUAGACCGGUUCAGUCCAUUUGGAAGAUUUAAAGUAAACAGUGAGGAAGAAGAAGAAGAUGCCCUCACCUUGUCAUCUGCCAUGUGGUUCUCCUGGGGAGUGUUGCUGAACUCUGGAAUUGGAGAAGGUGCACCGCGCAGCUUUUCAGCGAGAAUCCUUGGCAUGGUGUGGGCUGGUUUUGCUAUGAUCAUUGUGGCUUCUUACACUGCCAACCUGGCUGCCUUCCUGGUGCUGGACCGGCCUGAGGAGCGCAUCACCGGCAUCAAUGACCCAAGGCUGAGAAACCCAUCUGAUAAAUUCAUCUACGCCACGGUGAAGCAAAGCUCCGUGGACAUCUACUUCCGACGACAGGUGGAGCUUAGCACUAUGUACCGCCACAUGGAGAAACACAACUAUGAGAGUGCUGCAGAGGCUAUCCAGGCCGUGCGUGACAACAAGCUGCAUGCUUUCAUCUGGGACUCUGCGGUGCUGGAGUUUGAAGCCUCGCAGAAGUGCGACCUGGUGACCACGGGAGAGCUGUUUUUCCGUUCGGGCUUUGGCAUAGGCAUGCGCAAGGACAGCCCCUGGAAACAGAAUGUGUCCCUGGCCAUUCUCAGUUCUCAUGAGAACGGCUUCAUGGAAGACCUAGAUAAAACCUGGGUGAGAUACCAGGAGUGUGACUCACGGAGCAAUGCCCCAGCCACACUCACCUUUGAGAACAUGGCAGGAGUCUUCAUGCUGGUGGCCGGAGGCAUUGCGGCGGGGAUCUUCCUCAUCUUCAUCGAAAUCGCCUACAAACGCCAUAAAGACGCCCGCAGGAAGCAGAUGCAGCUGGCCUUUGCGGCCGUCAACGUCUGGAGGAAGAACCUGCAGCCCUCUUCCUCUGUAGAGACUCAGGAUGAUAGGAAAAGUGGUAGAGCAGAACCCGACCCCAAAAAGAAAGCCUCUUUUAGGUCCAUCAGUACCACCCUGGCUUCCAGCAUCAAGAGACGUAGGUCCUCCAAAGACACGCAGUUCCCACCCACUGACGCCACGGGCCAGCUCAACCUGUCUGACCCGUCCGUCAGCACCGUGGUGUAGAAACAGAACACAAAAACAGAGAGAGGGAGAGAAAGAAAGAAAGAAAGAAAAGAAAAGAGAGCGACGCUGAGGCCGUUCACGAAGCAGACGAGUCAGAAGAAGAAGAAGAAGGAAAAGACUCCAUGUUUCCUUGAAAACCUGGAGAAGAAGAAACGACUCUGAUGAACUUUGCACCUUUUUUAAAAACAAAACCAGUAAAACCAGGAUUCUCUACCUGGUCUUAGAUGUUUUUAGGAUUGCUAAGCAUGCACAGAAGAACCCAUCUUACCCACAUAUACAAUCUUUUCCUUCUGUAUGUUAUUACCUUAGCCUUGUUUUGUCCUUUUACUAGCAUAAACUUAAUGUUCGGUGUUUGAUUUUUAUCGAUUUCCUGCGUAGCUUUUAGACAAACGGUUCAUUUUAGGGAUGAAAAUCUGUUUUCGGUGACGAUGUUUCUCUUCCAGUUGAGGCUAAAACAGAGCAGAAGAAUCGACUUGUGCUGCAAUACGAAAAGAGCUAGAGAUGAAUUAUUUUUAAUAGGAAUUAUAUCUGAGUUUUUAUCGACACUUUAAACGUUUUUAGACAUUUUAUUGGGAAUAAUGGCACUUAGAAAGGAGCUUCUCGUGUCUUCUGGUGAAAAUGAAAGCAUGGCUGUGCUUGUAUAUGAAAACGUAGAAGCUUUAUGUAUUUGAAUGAUGACAAUGAUUAAUGCAAUUUCUAGGAAACGUUUAUUUGCACUUACAUGCCCAAGGCAGCUUUUUUAAAUGUUAGCAAAAGCUUUGACUACUUAGUUUUCCAUUUCUUAAAAAAAGGAGACGAUAAAAUGGAUUUGAAAAUGUUUUGUAUUCUCUCUUCCUCUCUCCUGCAGCCUCGGUCUUUCUCGCCUCCAGCUCUUGGAAGGGGUUGCAUCAAAGGGCCGCGUUCCCCAGCCAACCAGCACUCGGCCUUUCGUGCAAAACCGAGUGUGGCGAACUUUUGCACGAAACGACCAGAGUGAGUCGAAAGCUGCAGCCGCGUCUCGGUUAGCUGGGGAAACGGGCCGUUUCCCGUUUACUGGGGGUGAGAAACACCCGCUGCCUCCAAGCUGGAGCCGUCCGGCGCCGCUGUGCACUUUAUCCUGAUUGGUCUCCUUAAUUUAGCUGAAUCACCAAGGAACUGCAGCUCAAAACUACCCAGAAUGCAUUUUACUUUCCAACAGAACCAAGCUGCUUGUAAAGCCUCUGCAUGCGUCUGUAUUGAUAACACAACAUAGUGCUUUUGUUUGUUUCUGCAUAUUUGCCAUGUACAGUAAACUGAGCUGUGAGGAAACUGAAACUGAACGACGUGUAAAUAUGUGGGACGUUGAGCUGCAGCUGGAAACCCGGAGAACUUUUGAGACUCAGAAACGCGUCCAGACGCGCAGCAGGAAACCCGACGGCGACGUUCCUGUUUUCUUCCUACAGCCUCCAGCUUUAAACCUUCACGUUUCUACUGCUGUAAAUAAAGAGCGCUGACAUCCACAA